GAAAUCUCUACUCGGGAACCUCAGUUGCUGCAGCUGCAGCCUUCUCCUUUCCACUCUCCUCCCCGUCCAAGUUCGCGUCGCCGCGCCGCGCCGGAGUGCCUCUCCUGCCGCCCAAACCCGUCCCGUCUCAGUCGCCGCCGCUCCCUCCGCAGUGCUUAGUAUGUGGGGCCUGGUUUACAGCCGCCGCAAGCAGGCAGUCCAGGAGAGCACACACAUUGUUGCCCCCCCGGAUGACAGUGCUAGUUUGAACAAAGCAAACAUUCAGAAUACUGAAGUUAGGGGCCAGGUUUACAGCCACGACAAGCGGGCAGGCCAGGAGAGCACGCACGGCGUUAGCACAUCACAUGGCAAUGCUAGGUUGAACAGCCUGGUUUACAGUCGCCGCAAGCAGGCAGGCCAGGGGAGCACGCACGACUUAGGAGGGGGCGUUGGCGCACCACCGCACAACAGUGCUAGUUUGAACAAAGGAAGCAUUCAGAAUACUGAAGUGAGGGAGGAUUCUGUAGUAAUUGCAUGUGUAGUACCAGAUGCUGGAGAUACCGCAUUUCAGAUUCACUGUUUGAGGCCAUCGGCAUAUGCAGCUGUGUUAAGAGCGUUCUAUGCUCAAUCAGACCUUCUCUCACGGGCCAAGCAAGAAUGUCUUGCUGGACUGAGAAAUGAACUUAAAAUAUCGGACACUGAGCACAGAGAAUAUGUUGUAAAGGCCAGUACAAAUAAGCACAUCAAGUCUUUGAGUGCUUGGUAUAAGGGAAACAUUGGUAAUGCGGAAGUUGCAAAAGAAUCUCUAGAUCUCAAAUGUGUGAUACGAGAUGCUGGAGAUGCUUUAUUUCAGAUACACUGCUUGGAGCGAUCAGCAUACGCUUCUGUGUUAAGAGCUUUCUAUGCUCAGUCAGACCUCCUCUCAUGGGCCAGGCUUCUUACUAACCUAAGAAAUGAACUUAGAUUAUCAUACAUGGAGCAUCGAGAAGUUAUUGCAAGGGUCAGUUCGAAUGAGUAUAUCAAGUCUUUGAGGAAAUUUAGUUUAGUAAAUUAUUCUGGUCUUAUGAAGAGGACUCCUGCUUUUGAUCUACAUGCUGUUGUUCCUGACAAGAUUGACAAAACUGGACAGUCCUUCACCUCAUUGGUUCCACAAUCAUCAACGCCAGCACACAUGAUGUCACCAGCAAGGAACAUUUGCAUAUUAGGUAUCUCUUAUAGCACCACAAAAGGUUCUUGUUUUGAUCCCGACGCCACUGUGCCAGCUAAGAAGUUGAAAUCUGGCAGUGGGAGUGCAUUAGCAUACUUCAAAUGCCCCCCCCUUGCGCGGAACCGUUGCCCGAGGCAGUUUCUUCUGUGCGGGCGGAAAGUCCCAAACAUGAUCUGCUUGAUAGUAGUAAGGAAUCACCCUGCGCAAUGAAAGCUGGAUGCGCUGUAUCUCCCAUGUUUCAAGAAAAGCACAACGAAUCAAAUGCUGGUGAUGUUCCUUGGUGUGUUCACAAAUAUAUGGAAGUAUCAAGAAAAAGGGGAAGUGAAGUGUCUCCUGUGAGCAGAUCUAAGAGCCUGAGCGUCAUCACUGACAGCGCUGGAAAUACAGACCAUGGCUCUGAUAUAAUUAAGAUUCUCCUAACUUGUGGCCUUGUAAACAAGGUUGAAGAACUAUUUAAAGUGAAGCCAGAUCCAGCUAGUUUACAGACAGCGAAGUUAAUCCUCAAAGAUCAAGGAAUUCACCUUUUGGAUGCGCUUGCUAAACUCUCGGAAGCAUCAUUUGCUUCGAAGGUCAACCAGCACGAUGUGGUCAAGGGCGACCCGUUGAGCUACGACGAGGCGCCUACCUCGUCGAUCACAGAGCUGCGUCGAGCAGAAACAGAAGAGGAGACUCAGGGCGCAGAGAGAGCCGGCGGCCAAGCGGGCACGGUGCACCACCGCCAGACUCUUGGGGGCGGAAUGGGUCAAGUGUUCCCCAGGAAGAGAAAGAAAAGAGAAGGAUGCGUCCUACACUACUCCGCACCGUGUUUAGUUUAGUUUAGCUCAGCUGGAUGGUGCGUAAACGUGGAGUCACUAGCGUCGUGACUGUCCACUCUGUCUUGUGUUCGGUCGCGACUGAUGUUCAGUAAUUUUUCCGAGGUUCGGUGGAGAUUGCUCAUCAAGUGUUGUUCUUGCCUUGCCCCUCUUCGCUAACACUCGCGGGAAGGCGUCGAUUUUCUUUUGAAAUUUCCGUGUUCCAAAUCUGUCGGUUAAUAUUGAAAUCAUGGAACCUCUAUCGCGUCACACUUAUCAGCUGCAAAUCAAUGAAAUGUAGGCCAUGUAUAAAUAUACUUGGUAAA